GAGAUUCUUAGCGCAGUACUCAGCAGAGAUGGAAGAACAUGCAUGACGAGAAGUGAGCCGUAGAGCUGCCAUAGCCAGCUGCUCUGCUCCGAAGAAGAAUAUGUCUAAAAUGUUGAACAGCGAUGCAAAUCCUGAUUACAUAAUUGCAGGUCGUGCAGGACUUUGAUCCGUAUUCGGGCUAUUUUGUGUCGAGUACACCUUGAGAAUUCUGGGCUGUAUAUGCGGGAGCAUUCUCGGGAUGGCCUGUCAGAGGGCCCAGCUGAUCUGUCGCCCCUACUCCGCAAUCCAGAUUUUCGGCACAAAGCAGUUCUUGUCAGGUCUUCAUAGCCACCUCACGGUUUCUUGCGGAGGAUAUACUGCACAAUCGAAGCUCUGCCUCGACUUAGCUCUUCACGUUCUUUCUGUGCGGAGAGACAGAACGAACACAACACGAAUUUAUGCGGGCAAGCCAGGAUUUGGAGCUCAACCGAAGAAAAAGUCGAAGAGAACAGAUCGUCCUCAGCAAGAAAAGGACGCUAAGGAUGUCGUACUGGAGGCACAAAAAAUUCUCGCCAAAAAGCAGGAAGGCAGGAAGGAAACGACCACAACGAUAGAGGAACCAGUAGGGGCACCUGACCUUUUGAUUGCCGAGGACAAACCUACGAAUGUUUUGGAUGAAGGGGACUUCGAGCGUAAACUUGCAAAUAUUAAACGUUUGGCUGAAGAACAAAAGAAGGUGGAUGAGGCAAAGAAAUUUGGAGCAAUUGAUUAUGAUGCCCCCGUCCCGGCUUCCCCAACUGCCCUGGCUGACAAUGUCUUUGCUAAAUUCGGAAUUGGAUUAGCAGUGAUCGUUUUUGGCCUGCUGUUCGCUCUUGGAGACAACCUUCCGUCUAUCAGCCCCAAGGCGGAGAAGGCAGGCUUGGUAGAGAAGAUGCAACUGAAACCAGAUGAGAGGGUCAAACUGGAGGCGCAAGUUAAAAACUUGGAAGAAGCAUUGCAAAAGAACCCUGAGGACCGAUUUUCUCUUGAGGGAGCUGGUGUGAUCUAUGCCCAGCUUGGAGAUUUUGACAAAGCUGCCGAAUUCCUCUCCAAAAUUGUUCAGAAAUCACCUCGAGAUGUGGAGGCUCUGCGGUUACUUGCGGAGGUUCAAGGUGGUAAAGGAGAUUUCGACGCGAGCAUUGUCGCUUAUCGCGCUGCUAUUAGAGCGUCUCCAAAAGAAUCAAUGACAUUACUCCAAGGUCUCACUGACACCCUGAUCGCUGCCAACAAGCCUGGCGAGGCUGUUGGUGAACUCCUGGCCGCGAGGACAAGAUUGAAAACGAGUGUUCAGCAAGGGUUGUUACCUUCGAAUGCUGAUGACAGUACUCAAGGACUGAAUCCACAGAACUACGAGCAGAUCGAUCCUAUACAGGUGGAGCUUCUUCUAGGUAGAUCCUACGCAGCAUGGGGUAAACCAGGUGAUGCUGUUUCGGUUUAUGAUGAGUUGAUAACGCGUUACCCCGACGACUUCCGAGGCUAUCUGGCAAAGGGUGUGCUGCUGAAGGAUCAAGGCAAGACAGCAGAUUCAGAGCGCAUGUUCAUUCAGGCCCGAUACCUGGCUCCACCAGAGGCAAAGGGGGUCGUUGACAAAUACUCCGGCCGUCAAGCAAUGGCGAGCUGAACGACAUCUGUUAGCAGCACAUCUAAGGUUGCUGAACGUGUACAUCAUGAAUCUUAGUGAGGGAACAAGGGGACCAGUUGCCUCUUAAUUUUGACUCGCUCCUAUUUACAAAACGGCGGUUUCAUCAAAAUUGCGCUCUCUAAUUUCGGGCUCGUCUCCUGCUGAUUUAUCUUGGGAGUAAAUGACGACUAGGACACAGUCGCGAGGAAAUGGCAUAGGUUUCAACUGUACUAAUACAAGCAAAGCAAUUGAAUUGCUUUGAGUUUGAGUCAUGGUAGUAAGCUGCAAGUCUCGUUGUAUUCUAUUAUAGAUAGAACGAAAAUUAUUGAGGCUGUGGUUCUAAAUUUUUGCUGGAUUCAGUUAAGUAAAAACAGCGGAUCUGGGAGUGUUAUACAGACUACAUAGACUGUGUGUUCUGUCUUAUGAGUCAUGUGGUACUAGCACAUCUUUUUAACGUGUUCUGUACAUUUCACCAAGUUUGCGAAGCGCGAUGCCACUUUGAAUGUAUAUCAAUAUUUUGUGGGGAACCAACGUUGUACGUGACGCUCUGCUAUGUGCAGUUGAGAGCUUCUUCUUGUUCCUUUAUGUAUUUCGUGCACGUUUUACAUGCAGUCAAGCAAGUCAAGGAAGCAUAGUGUA